UGGCUACUUUGUGAUGCCAACGCAUCACAAUUAAAGUCAUCGCUUUCUGUACAUACUCUGUCCGACUACUUCGUAGCGAAAUACAUCGGGUCAUCGAGGUCCAGCAUUUGGAGAGCGCGAAAAAAGCGAUCGAUUGUUUUUAGUGUCGAACGGCGUGAACAUCUGUUUUGUGACAUGAUCGACUAUAGCUAAUUAAAUGAGUGUGUGAAACACACGGCAACAUGACAAUUGGUUUCCUCAUUAUUGUAAUGUAAAUGUAAACAAAGUGACUUGAUUGAGUGAAGUGAUUACUGUUUAUGUUGUUUGCGUUUUUGUUGCUGUUGCUAAACAAAGUGAGCGCGAGAGCUAGGAGAGAGGAAGAGACGGCCCAGAACAGCCAGUAUCCGCGAAAGAGAAGUGUUUAAAUUUCCUUGUGUAAAGUUGAUACAUUAUUUAGCGUAGCGGCAGUGUGCUCCCGCAAGGAUACCUAUUCGACUGCCCAUCGUCAAGGUGGAUUAUUGUUGCUAGCUUCUGACUCAGAUGUGAGGAUGUCACUCUUAUUGGCGUUAGCUUGUACCCUUAGUGCUACAACUUCUUUCAGAUGUGACCUUCACGCACUCUACGAGGAUACCCAGUUAACACGGUGACUCUCGCAGUGUUUGACGCCUCAAGGUCUUCGAGGUAGCGAUGCCGCUAGUUCAUCUUCGGCAGCAGCAUCUGCUGAUCUGUGGCGUCCUUUUGACAGGCUGUCAGCUUUUCGCUUCAGGGCGUCUUCUUUCACCGUCCGUCUUUGACGAUGACCAUCUUGAUGACACAGAGGAUGUACGAAUUCUUGAGGUGGGCCAGCGAGUAUUGCUUCCGUGCGAUAUCGAGGCGGUCCAGGACGAUAGCCCGCUAAGGAUUAGUUGGUUUAAGGAUGGGCAGGAAGCCCCUAAUUAUAUCGCUGAGGAUGUCCUUAAACGAGGAAUCUGGAACGGGCAUCAUGACAUUAGCGUAGCGUGGGCCGGCCGAGCGGUCUUCUCGGUCCUGUCGGAUCCCGCACGUCUCGAACUCUCGAAGCUCGCGCCAGCUGACUCGGGAACGUACGUUUGCUUUGUGGAAUUCCAUCGAGGCGAUCACAAGAACACGACGUCGCGGAUUAUUGUUGGAUUGCCGCCUUCGGUGCCAAUGAUCCGCACAGUGGAGGGAGCUGUAAUCCGUGACAAAGUCGGGCCGUUGCGAGAAGGGGCUAACCUUACUCUUGUCUGCACUGUCGAAAAAGGAAGUCCGCCACCAACGGUACUAUGGAAGAAGAACGGGCAGCUAAUCUCAUCUGACAAGUAUUCGACAAACAGCUCAUUUCCCGGCGAUAAUGAUGAGGGCGCCUUGAGUAUACUUCACUAUGGUCCUGUUUGUCGACGAGAUCUUCUCCAUACAUUUACCUGUGAAGCGGACAACGUGCUUAUGCAGACGCCCAAUAUGCUUAAGCAACAAAAACGCUCGGUUUCUGUAGUGCUUGAUCUUACGCUUUCGCCUCUCAUGGUGACAAUUGAGACCGCGCUGGAUCCAUUGAAUGCGGACACUUCCGCUGAAUUUCGCUGUCGCGUGACAGGUUCCCGACCAGCGCCUUCACUCCACUGGGAGCUGUCGGGCUGGAACGCUUCACGGCUAGAUUCGUUCGCUUUUGUAGAGGGCAGCGAUAGCGGAGGGGGUGACGGAAAUUCGACAAGUUCAGUGUUAGUUCUUCCACUCAGAGCAGAAGACAAUUUUAAGAAUCUUACCUGUAUUGCCGAAAACCCACUCAUAGAAAAUAGGACAUGGUCGCAUGUCCUCGAGCUUUCCAUUCAUCAUCUCCCUGUGGUGAGGCUGUCACUUGGGAACAGAUUAUCAGAAAGCCAUAUCGUAGAGGGCAGCGACGUGUACUUCGAAUGUUCCGUUCAAUCACAUCCACCUGCCAGUGAAGUGUUCUGGUCGGUGGACGGACGGGAAUUACGGAGCAAUGCAUCGGCUGGCGUUGUCGCUGACGAGAGCUUUCUUGUCCUUCGAAAUAUCAGCCAUCGUUUGUCGGGGCUUUAUGCGUGCACCGCAAUAAACCAGCGCGGGCCAGCGUCGAGCAACGUCAUCAACCUGGCCGUAAAGUACGCCCCGCGGUGCGUAAGCAGUCAGCCUUCAGCGCUCGUGUAUACUUCAUUGGAGCGCGCAAUAGAAGUGGUCUGCGAUGUGGACGCGUUUCCUGCUGCUGAACUCAAUUUCCAAUGGAUGGUUCGAAAUACCUCUACAAUGCAGCAGCCCCGAACGCUCAACGAUUUUGUUAUUAACGGUAGCCAUAGCAUUCUGCAGUACCGUGCAAGGAGCUACGUGGAGCGAAGCACGAUCACUUGUUGGGCAAACAAUUCGAUUGGGGGAAUGCUUGGCGAGCCUUGUUCCUUCAAUAUCGAGCCUAAAGGGGUUCCACCGCCUUUGACACGGUGCAUUGUGUCGAACCAGGUGGGUGCAGGUGUUCCACCAUGGCAGGUGUUUUUCCACGUGCAAUGCAUGGACGAGCGCCGUAUGGCUGAGGCAGAAGGCGAGACCUAUCUGUUGCAGCUGUUCCUCGCUGAAUCUCGCACGCUGCUACAAAACAAGACGAGUUCCACACCUUCCUUUCAUAUCAACAACAUUCCCGAGGGCACCGAGUGCAUCGCGGAGAUCUCGCCAGUUAACGAACAGGGUCGAGGUGAUCCCCUACGUUUAACCAUCCAAAAUAUCCCACCGCCCUCGAGACUGCUCACCUCGUCGACUACGAAAGUUCAUCUAUUCAGCGGAUUAUCAGCUGUAGCAGACGGCUGCCCACCAAUACUCCUCUGGCUUUUGUGUGUUGGAGCUUUGCGAAGUCGAGCCAUUGCGGGAAUUAGAUCAAGUGCUCUUGUCUGGUGACUUAUGUAAAGGUGACAGAGUAACUGAUCAUUCGAACAUGUGCCUUACCGACUGUAAUUGACAUAUGCUCAUGUAUAAAUUAGUGUUGAACAAUGAAAAAAAAAAAAGUAUCGAAAUGAAAUGAAUAUUUUCCGUAGGCCAUCUGAAUAUGCGCUAACUAGCACUGUUUUUGUUGGUACACUUUUUGCGUAAGCAGGUGUAUAGGGUCAAGCGUGGAUGAAUAGAAAUAUAUGAACGAAAGCACAUUUCAAUAUGAAAACUAAGCAGGAGGCCUAUACUUUCGAUUAAUCAUCACACUAGUCAUCACCGAAGUACGCCACCAGAGGGCCCCCUAGGAAAGCAGGUUUUCAGGCAAACAAGGACCGAACAAAACCAACAAAUGAUAUGUUUCAAACUUUUACCUUAUUUUAUCAAUCCAUAUAUAUAUAUAUAUAUAUACUAGAGUAUGCAUAGGAUCGAAACAGUCUCUAUUCCGAAGAAGUAUGUUUAUUCCAACUUAAGUUGUGGUGAUCGCAGAGUGUACCAAAUCGGAAAACAAAAUAAGUCAGCGUUGAAAGAGUAAUAAAUUAAAUGUCCCCACCGUUUUCUGUUAGCAUUCUAUCUAUGAAGGAUCAACCCAACGAACAAAUAUAAUGAUAAUGAUUAUAUUGCUAUACAAGACAAAAUGAACUUCGCAGAUAAAGCGUGACGGUCUAAUAUGUAAUAGAUCAUAGUAAUACACUGAUAAUAAGGCACAAGUGUGGCAUAGGUUACUGUAGAGAAAACGAAUCGGAUGAGGAGGGAUACGUAAGAACUGUACUUAAAAUAGGGCAUAAAAUAUAAUGUAGGAUCCGCAAUGGCGAUCGAACAUAGGAGGAGACAAAACAAAGCGGAGAUGGUAGCAUACGUGAGCGUCUACAAAGUAGUGAUAAGGUAGGGAAAAGCAGGAGGAACGUGUUAUUAGAAGCGCGAUUGUAAAUGGCUGAGUUGGCUAGAGCGAAGGACGACGGAAGUCAUUUAUGAAUAUAAAGAGAGUGAUACCAAAAAAAAAAAAUAGAACAAACCUUUAAGCCUAAUAGGUUGAGGAUGUCGAAAAUGCAUAUAGGGAAACGCAGAUUGCGCAAGAAUAAAAAAAAUACAUCUUGUUAACAUAACAACAGUUCGUUAAGUGUGCAUUUAUUUCUAGAUGCGCUAUAAUAA